UUCUGGGGUUACACGCCGGAGGAAGAAUACUACACAUCGGAACGAGUCACCAGCGAAAAAUCCUACUUCGAGACCCCCAAUGGAAAGCUAUUCACUCAAAGGUUUCUUCCCUUGGAUCAAAAAGUCAAAGCCUCCGUCUACAUGAGCCAUGGGUACGGAUCUGACACUGGUUGGGCUUUUCAGAAGAUCUGCAUCAAUUUUGCUAGGUGGGGAUACGCCGUCUUCGCCGCUGAUCUUCUCGGCCAUGGCAGAUCAGACGGCAUUCGUUGCUACUUGGGUGACAUGGAGAAAGUAGCAGCGACAUCCUUAUCAUUCUUCAAGGAGAUGCGAUACAGGGAAGAAUACAAGAACUUACCAGCUUUCCUCUUCGGUGAAUCAAUGGGUGGGUUAGUAACGAUGCUGAUGUACUUCCAAUCGGAGCCGGAGACUUGGACGGGACUAAUCUUCUCGGCUCCACUCUUCGUGAUUCCAGAGCCGAUGAAACCGAGCAAGCUCCGGCUAUUUCUCUACGGGCUUCUAUUUGGAUUAGCUGACACUUGGGCAACAUUACCAGACAACAAGAUGGUGGGGAAAGCCAUAAAGGACCCGGAGAAGCUGAAAGUCAUAGCGUCAAACCCCAGAAGAUACACGGGACCACCCAGGGUGGGCACCAUGAGGGAGCUCUCGAGGGUAUGUCAGUACAUACAGGAUAAUUUCUCGAAGGUUACGGCGCCGUUUUUGACGGUGCACGGGACGGCGGAUGGUGUGACGUGCCCCACCUCGUCGCAGCUGCUGUACGAGAAGGCGUCGAGUACAGACAAGAGGUUGAAGCUGUACGAUGGCAUGUAUCAUUCGUUGAUCCAGGGGGAGCCUGAUGAGAAUGUGGAGCUUGUAUUGAGGGACAUGAGGGAGUGGAUUGAUGAGAGAGUUGAGAGACAUGGGGCUAAAAAUAAUUAAGAGAAAAAUGAUGGGUUUUGGUUGAAUAUUUGAUGUAAUAAAAGUUACAUUAAUUUCUUAUUAAUCUCCCAAUUAUUUGA